CUCCUCUUCCAGGUUGAAAGAGACUUCAGGGUUCGCUAGUAGUCGAAGCAGUGCUUCAUCCGCUUCUUCUUCCACGUCCUCAUCACCAAUGGCAGUCGUUUCCUCUUAUUCAACCUAUGAAGUAGACCAAAAAUUUGCGGGAGAAAAGCUUACGACAUGGAUGCGCAAGCAUGUUACUC